AUCAUUGUCGUUUGGUUUGGUACAUCAGAGUCUGCGUUCCCUGCAUAUUAUAAUGCUUAGCACUGACCACACUUGACAAUGAACUUGACAACACACAAAACACAAAACAAGACUACACAGAGAUUUUUUUUUAGAUUUGUGUUUGAGCUCAAUGGGUCAACUCAGUGGUGUGUAUUUGACACUUAUGUGACACUUGUAUUCUGACAUAAUAUUUGGCUUGUCAAGAGUAGAAUUAAGAGAAGUUCUUGUGUGUUGUGUUAUUUACAUUAUAUUUAUAAUAUUAUAAUGAUAAUUUGUAUAUAAUUUCGUAAUAAAAAAUGUAAAAUUUUACUUAAAAUAGAUUAAGUAAGUCAAUAUUAUCUUAAAAUGGAACCAAGUAUGUCAUUCUUCGGUUUGCCCUUCGUGGAUUCCGAGAAUACAGAUCUGGUGUUUAAUAGAAAGGGCCUAGAGUGUGAUUAUGAGUUCCAAAAUGAUUUACCAUCCCACACUGGUCUGUUGGGGUCGGACGAUGUCCUUGCACAGUUUUUGACUGCGGAUGGCCCAUUGGAGGAACCGGAUUUAAAUGGGCCAACAACAUUGCACUGUGAGAUAUGUCAGAAGCGUUUUGAUAAUGCUAAGAAGUAUUAUGGACACUUGCGAGUUCAUUCUAAGGAUAAUCUUUGGAUUUGUGAUAAAUGUCCAGACCAGAAGUUUGCUAAUAAACAGCAGUUGAUGAAGCACUGUCUCACACACAAGCCACUAGCACGAGUGUGGAAGUGUCCACAGUGUUCCAUGGCCUUUGAAGCUCUGUGGCGGUUACAACAACAUGUGUUUGCCAUACACCUUGAUUAUAGGCCAAAUAAGUGUGACCAGUGCGAUAAAUCUUUUCACAAACUGUCCGAUUUGAAGAAGCAUCAAGAUGUUCACAAAGACAUAAGAAAGCAUCCAUGCACGACGUGUGGAAGGGAGUUCACAGACAAAUCUAAUCUCAAAAGGCACAUGCUACUUCACUCUAAAAUAAAACCGUUCACCUGUACAGGCUGUCAAAAUAGAUUCACGCAGAUAGCCUCCUUAAGACGUCAUCAACAAAAGUGUAAUUCAUAUAUUAGUCAAAAUAACAAUCAAGACAAAACUAGAAAGAAUUAUUGCAGAGUCUGUGGCGCAUCCUUUCAAUACAAAAGUGCACUUCUUGAGCACUACGUAAGGCAACAUACCACCACCACUACUGAAGAAAGCAAAGAGAAAGAAACCAAUGAAACCAAUGUUGAUAUAAACAGAACUGAAGACAACAUUGUAGAUGAUAUUUUGUCAGCGGAAGAUGAUUAUAUGACAAUGUCAACACAACAAGACAUGUUAUACAAUCAAGCAAAUACAAACGCACACACACAAAAUAUGCCAGAUACCAACACUUACGAUAGUUUAAUGCAAAUAGAAUUCCUAAAGGAAAUGAACCAGUUACACAUAUUGGACGAUGAGCUGCUGUAUAACGAUUUAGAUUUAGACAGCUUCCAAAAUAGUCAAAUUUUCAACAGCAUUCCAAAUGAAACUGAUUAUGGCAACGAUAAGAACGGGGAAAUUAUGUUCGAUUUUCACGACGUGGGUAGAAGUGUGGAUCAAGACAUCAUGAACGCUUUAUAUAAUGUAAAAGCGGAACAUUUACCUGAUGAACUAUUGAAUGUAGACCAAAUUAACAAUUCUGAACCAAAUAAAAACGAAGAAAGACUUCAGACUCCGACAGUAUCUGUUAAUGAAUGCGCAACCAUAUUCGAAAGUGAUGUAGAUUUAGAAGAGAGCACCAAUUUAGCUGCAAAUCUUAACCAAUUGAUAGGAGAGAAUAAUGUUCAGUACAUCUCAACAGAGGAUGAUGAUAUGUUCAUAAUAAGUUUAAAGAGUGACAUUGACGCGGAAAAAUUGUCUGAUAUGCUAAAUAUUGAUGUAGAAGGCGGAAACGAGAAAUCAAGUGAUACAUCAGAGUCUGAAGAUAUAGUUCCAGAUGAUAGAAGUAGAAAGCUUUUAGAUAAUAUACAACCUUUUAUAUUGAGAAUACAGCCCCAGGCACAUAUGAAACAUAUCCAAUAUGAGACUGAGAAGGAUUCCUGUGACACAGUGCAAAGUGAUUUUAGGAUAGCUAAAUCUAUAAAAAAAGAGAAAGAUGAAGAUUUUAACAAUGUUGUAGUAGAAAACGUUGAUAUUAUAAUAAAAGAAGAAAAAAAGACAAAAGGAAACGACAGGACAAAAGAAAAAGACAAAGAAAACCAGGUCAUCUUUGUUUGCAAUGUUUGUGAAAAAGUUUUUCAUAGGAAAGACAACUACAAAUCCCAUCUAGCGACGCACUCGGCGGCGCUGCGACGGCACAGUUGCGGCGUGUGCGGCGAGCGGUUUAGCUACCGCUCCACGCUCAACAAGCACCGCGCCGCACGGCACGAACCGCGCGUGCAGACCGCACACUCGUGCACGCUUUGCGACCGCACCUUCUCCGCUGCGUGGAUGUUAAAAAAUCACAAGGAACGCGACCACGACCAGUUGAAACCCUACGUUUGUGAAGAGAAGGAUUGCAGUAGGAGAUUUUAUAAGCGUUGCGAUCUCAUCAUUCAUAAGAGAACCCAUACUGGCGAGAAGCCGUACAAAUGCGACAUUUGCUGCAAGUCUUUUCCGCAUAUAUCGCACCUCAAGCGACACGAACGUUCCGUCGACUGCACAAAACGUCGCAAAAGUUAUGCAAAAUCAAAAACGAAAUAAUCGUGUAACAAUACUGUUUUAUAUGUUAUUUAUUAUAAUUUAAGUUAAACAUAAAAAUACU